AUGAUAUUAUCAAAUGAAAAAAUUCCCCAAGUAACGGAUAAGUGGGGUGAUAUGUAUUAUUACUUUUAUAUAUUUUAUAAAAACCAGUGUAUAUAUAGUAUUGAUUUAAAAAAUAAUAAUACUCAGGAAAAAAAAAAAAAAUCAAAUAAAAACGAGACGGAAAAAUUAUUACUAGGUUCAAUUUAUGCUAUCAAUUACUUAUGUUCUAAUAUACAACCAAAUAAAAAAUUGAAAAAUUUAUAUAAAUCUAUAUCAAAUUCAAAUCCUAAACUUAUUAAUACAAAUAUUCAAACCCAAAAUAAUAUAAACACACAGGAAAAUAUACAUGUCGGAAAUUUUAAUUGUUUCAAUACUCCAUUUUAUAAAUUACACUACGUAGAAACAUUAACAGCUUACAAAUUUGUUUUAAUUACACAUAAAAAUAUUCCAAAUUUAUCAAAUUUUCUUAAAGACAUUUAUAAAACCAUAUUUAUCGAUCUCAUCAUUUUAAAUCCAGUAUAUAAGAUAGGAGAUGAAAUAAAAGAUAAAAUGUUUGAUGAGAAAAUAUUAGAAAAAAUCAAAAGAUUGUACGUCGGGUGA